CGGUCGCCCCACAAUUGAAAUUCCCGCGACCAUGCCAUUGCCCGUUCGCCAACACCCGCAUCCGUAUGCCCAAGUCCAGCACCUCGUCGAGCUCCCCGAGUCGCAGUACGUGCCCCCCGCGCCGCCUGCGUUUGACCAAGACUUGGAAACGUUUGAGCGCCCGGCGACGCUUCGAUAUGGCGAUCCGGUCAAGUCGAUGCUGUUCAAGCUGGACCCGACCGUCGUCCCCCUCAACCAUGGUAGUUUUGGGGCGUGUCCGAAACCUGUGCGCGCGGUGCGGGAAGCGUACAUCGACUUGCAAGAGUUUGAGCCCGUGAAAUACUUUGACGAACUCGGCCCCCGCCUCGCCCGCGUCGCUCGCGUUGUGGCCAACUACGUCCACGCAAAACCCCACCAAAUUGUCAUGGUGCCCAACGCGUCGACAGGCACGACGUGUGUGCUGCGGUCGUUUCCAUUCCCCCCCGGGUCGACGAUCGUCUCGCUCGACCUAGGGUACCCCGCUGUGACGCAGCAAAUGAAACAAGCGUGUGGUGGGCUCAACCACCAUGUCAUUCAUGUGUCCGCGCCAUUCACGCACGCCAAGAUCGUCGACGCUUUCCGCCGAGGACUCGAUGAGUGUGCUCACGACACGGUCGGGCUCGCUGUUGUGGACCACAUCACGAGCGAGAGCGGGCUCGUGUUGCCUCUUCAAGAGCUCAUCGGGUUGUGCAAAUCUCGAGGCAUCCCCGUCCUCGUGGACGGUGCCCAUGGCGUCGGGCACGUGCCCUUGAACCUGGACCAGUUGCAACCAGACUUUUACGUGUCCAACUUUCACAAGUGGAUGCUCGCGCCCAAGUCGGCUGCAUUCCUCUUCAUUCGUGACCCGAACAAGUACACGAUCCAUCCCCCCGUCAUUAGCCAUGGUCAUACCAAGGGCACAAGUGCUGCAUUUGGGUUUGUUGGUGAGAGGGGCCGUGCAAAAUGCAUGACCACAACUUGAUAGUGGAUUAAUCGUAGGCACGAUGGACUACUCGGCGUACUUGUCCGUCCCUGCCAGCAUUGCGUUCCAUACGAAGAUGGGAGGGGUCGACUUGAUGGCGCGCAACCAUGCCUUGUGUGUCGCCGCCGCCCUCCAGCUGGCCAAAGCGUGGGGCACGUCGCUCUUAACCGACGAAGUGGACGCGAUGAUCGGGGCGAUUUGCGUCGUCCUCCUGCCUCUCGAGAUGUUCCGCAACCAACCCAACGUGGUUGACGCGCUCGAAACGUUGCAUCUCGUCCUUCGCAAGCACUACCGCAUCGAAGUCAAGACGGCCCUUGUCGACGGGGCUGCGGGGCUUCGAAUCAGUGCCCAAAUGUACAACGACGAAGCGGACUACAAGAAGCUCCAAGACGCCAUCUUGGAUAUUUUGGCUCGCGAUGCUGCAUCCCUAGCAUUGUAGCGACUCUGCUGCCACGAGCCAACUCGUUGCGCCUGUCAGCACAUCUCCAUAAGACUCUUGUGCGAAGUUCUCCGUCUCGUGCAGCG